UGGAGCGGCCGUCUGGCUCCGAGCUUGUAGCGUCCCGGUCCCACCACCGCGUCCCGCCGCCCUGCCCGUGUGCGGUACGCGUCCCGCAGGCGCCCGAGGUGCUCGGGUUGGGGGACUGACACCCUGGGGUCCUCUGCAGAGUUCGUGGUGACACUUACCAAGAUGCCCAUGAAGAGGGCGCGUAGGAACGCGCAACCGAACCCGGCGCGGCCUCGGACAGAGAUCCAAGAGGAGUGUGCCCUUCAACUCAGGAGAAUUGGAGACAAACUGCAUUUCCAGCAGAAACUUCUGAAUCUGAUAGCCAAACUUCUCCGCUCAGGAACCUGACUACAUCAAAAACUUUGCAUGAGGAGACUCCUUCAAAAGGGAAGUUUCCUGAAGUAUGUACAGAUUUCGUGAAUUGGAAGACAUCUCAUGGUAAUUGAAAGAAAUGAGAAGGAAGAUGCAUUUGCUUUUGGAUGCUCUUGGAAACGGAAGAUGGAAUACAUCAAAAAUGAAUUUCUGUCGGAGGUUUCCCAGAUGUCAUUCUUUGGGAUGUGAGGACAUUAUAUAAUCUUUGUUUAUUUGAAAGCAAGAAUGGAAGAACCUUGAAAAUAGGGAAGUGUAGCUAUUGAUACAUUUCUUUUAUGCUUAGAGAGUUAUUCUUUUUUUUCUUUAUUUUUGCUGAAAGUUACUGCCCAACCUGGUGUAAAAGGAGUUGACAGAUAAGAUUAAGACUGGAAGAAACAGUUCAGUGUUGUUUACAUUUUUUUUUUGUUUUUUUUUGUUUUUUGUUUUGCUUUUCAAUGUCAACUCCAGAGCAAUGUAUGCUGUUUAGUUUAUGUGUAUUAAUCUUGUUAAAAGAACAUUUCAUUGUGAGAACACUGAAUGUCAUAGCGAAUGUUUAUUUCAUAGGUCACUACAUAAUGUAAAAUAAGUUGAUAAUUUGUUUCUUUUUACUCAAAUUGUAUUGCUUCUGUUCAGAUGUCCUUUCACUAAUGUGUUCCUGAGGGCAUUAACUGGAAAGUAUGGAAAACUGGAAAGUAGCUUUGAAAUAAUUGGAUUUUAUAGGAAGUAAAACUCUGGCAGAUUGAAUAUUACAUGGUAAAAGAGUAUGGGGAUUUUGUAUAAGCAGGAAAAAUGAAAAAGAUUAUAGAACUUGAUUUUUUAAUUGGUGUAAUUAAAACUUAGUAAAACAGUCAAGUAACUUGGUAAGAAAAUAAAUGUGUUUCUAAGGAAGUUUCUAAAAAUUUGUAAAAUGCGCCUUUUCACAUUAGUUGGUGCUUAUCCUAUGGAAAGAGAUCUUUUAAAAGAAAUAAAGAAUAUUUUCAUGAUUAGAAUAUACUUUUCUUAAAGAGGGAACGCUAUUUCUCAUCCCAGAAUGAAAAUCCCAUGUAUACAUAUAUAUGUGCACACACAUAUGUAUAUAUAUGGAUAUCCAUACGGAUAAUUUGUUUUACAGUAUUAUGUAGAUUGUUAGAAGAGUUUCCUAAGUUUCAUUUUUUUAAAUCUGGGCUACAAACAAAGUCCUCAAAUACAUAAGCAAUAAUGUCACGAUUGAAUUUCAGCAGGAAUAACUUUAUUUUACCUAUUUAUAAUUAAAAUAUUUUUGUUUUGUUUGAAAAUGUGUAUUAAGGUUGCAUUUUUGAGUUAUGAGACAAGGGUUUUAUAACUACUUGAAUUUUUAAAGUAAAAAUAAUAUGGUCUGUAGUCACUUUUGAUGAAAAAUUACCUCACAUCUGCUUUCUUCAGUGUUACUUAAGGCUGUUUAGUUGGAAGGUUUUUUUUUUCUGCCUAGAGGUAGGUAGAUAUUUUGCCAUAUGGGUAUUUAUGGUCUGUAACUGUAUUUCAAUGUGUAUGCACAUAUGAAAGUUGAUAUCUUGGCAGUAUAAAACUAUUAAAAGUUGUCACUCUU